AGGGGGCCGCCCAGUCCGCUCCGGGCCCUCCUCGCUCCGUCCGCUCCGACACCGUGUCCUCCUGCCCGGGAGAGGGAAGCAGAUCGGAGGGCGCCUCAGGGACCAGACCAGAAGCCUCCCACCCCAGGUGAGCAGGGCUCCUGUCCGGGAUGGACAGGGGCACCAGCACCCUGCGGCCCUGCCUCUGGCUGAACCUGCUGCUGCUGCUGCUCCUGGCACUGCCCCUCGGGGGCCUGGCCGCCACAGAAUGCUACGGCAUCCCGGGAAUGCCCGGCAUGCCCGGGGCCCCAGGGAAGGACGGGCAUGACGGGCUGCAAGGGCCUAAGGGUGAACCAGGAAUCCCAGCCAUUCCUGGGACCCGAGGACCCAAGGGUCAGAAGGGAGAACCCGGCAUGCCUGGCUUUCCCGGGAAAAACGGCCCCAUGGGCGCCUCCGGGCAGCCGGGCACUCCCGGCACCAUGGGCCCCAACGGGGAGCCGGGAGAGGAGGGCAGAUACAAGCAGAAGCACCAGUCGGUGUUCACCGUCACGCGGCAGACAGCGGAGCACCCGGCGUCCAACAGCCUGGUCAAGUUCAACACGGUCAUCACGAACCCGCAGGGGGACUACAACACGAGCACGGGCAAGUUCACCUGCAAGGUCCCCGGCCUCUACUACUUCGUCCACCACACGUCCCAGACGGCCAACCUGUGCGUGCAGCUGUACCGCGACGACGUCCAGAUGACCUCCUUCUGCGACCACAUGUCCAACACCAAGCAGGUCAGCUCCGGGGGCGUGCUGCUGCAGCUGCGGCAGGGCGCGCAGGUGUGGCUGCGGGUCAACGACUACAACGGCAUGGUGGGCACCGAGGGCUCCGACAGCGUCUUCUCUGGCUUCCUGCUCUUCCCCGACUAGGGGGGCAGGCCUGCCCCCCGGCCCCGGGCCACCCCACCUCUCUCAGCGGCUCUGCUGGGUCCCUGCUCAGGCCGUUCUCCCUGUCUCAUGGACGCCUCCUCCAGGAAGCCCACCCUGACUGCCACCCCUUCUCUGAGUUCCUGCAGAAGUCACUCCUUUGACGUUUUACUGACACCUUCCCUGUUAUCAUUCUUUCCCCUAAGUCUUGGAAGUCUGAGAGAUAUACAAAUAAAUGAUUUAAAUCGAUAAA